GGAAGGACAGGUCCUCCAGAGAGCACCAGCCACAGCAACUGUCCACCCUUGCAAAAAACAUCUUCAUCAUGGCAUACAAAGCAGCGCAUUUGGCCUUUAAGUCGCGCUGGCACAAGACAGACGAAGAACUCUGUCGGCACAGCAUGUCCUUCAUCUUGCAUAAGGCAAUCCGAAAUGACUUCUUUCAGAGUUACCUUUAUCUGCUGGAAAAGCUUCCCCUGGUGAAACUUUACGCUUUGACAAGUCAAGUUAUCAAUGGGGAGAUGCAGUUCUACGCCAGGGCCAAACACUUCUACCGGGAGGUGCCAGCCACAGAAGAGGGCAUGAUGGGAGACUACAUUGAGCUCUCCAAUACAGACGUUGAAUCCUCCAGGGAAUUUCUCAGGAAGUUUGUUGGGGGAGUGGGGAAAGCUGGCACCAACCGCGCCCUGGAUUGCGGCUCUGGGAUAGGUCGUAUCAGCAAGCAUGUCCUGUUGCCAGUUUUCAAGAGCGUGGAACUGGUGGAUAUGAUGGAGAAUUUCCUGGCUGAGGUCCCAAACUACCUGCAGGGCAAGGAGGACAGAGUAGAGAUGUAUUAUUGCAAAAGCCUCCAGGAAUUCACUCCAGCCCCACAAAGAUACGAUGUCAUCUGGAUUCAGUGGGUUUCAGGAUAUCUGACAGAUAAAGAUCUCCUGGAGUUUCUCAUCCGGUGCCAGAACGGCUUGAAGGAUAAUGGUGUUAUCAUUCUCAAGGACAAUGUAGCCAGGGAGGGCUGUAUCCUGGAUUGUCUGGAUAGUAGUGUGAUCCGAGACCUGAACAUCCUCCACAGCCUUAUUGAAAUGAGUGGACUCACCAUCCUACGAGAGGAGAGGCAGGAGGGAUUCCCUGAGCAGUGUGUCCCUGUCUGGAUGUUGGCCAUGCAGAAAGGCCCUGACCAUUCCUGAUUGCGUAGUGAGACUGCAGAGACUGGACUAUGGAUGAACUGCAGGACUGGGAAGGAGAAAAGCAUCUGCUAGAAUCCUCCUAAACAUGCACUGCUACUACUACAACUCUAGGGCAGCAACUCCUAAAGGAUCGGGAGAGAAUUACAAUUGAGCCAGCUUCUCCAGGAAAUAGUCUGCUUCUAAAUGCUGCCUUCUUCAUCAUUCUCUCCAUUUUUAAAAGCCUUUCUAACAGCUCCUUGUCAGAUCUCUCUUUCAAAUUACUUUCUGUUAGUUGACAAAACUCAACUAAUUAAUAGAAAAUAAUUAGGUCUGAAGUUUCUGUAGUGGCUAAUACAUUUUGGAGUGUUCUGUAUGAGGUGUUAACAAAUAAGCCUGGUUUUUACUAUGGCACUUAAAUCUUCUUGGAAUUUAAGAAGAAUCUGUCAGAUCACUGAAGCAGGAAAUUCAAAUAACUUCUGGAAAACCUAACCCAAAUGUUGACUGUCAUCACUAUCUGUACUUUAGAAUAUUUAAACCAAAAAUGUAAGGAAAGUUUUAUCCAUUUGUUGGCAUCAACUAUGCAGGGUUUGGGGUUUUUUUUUCUGCAUUUCUGUCAGUUUGGACAAUAAGAGAACCUGGUUAAUUUCCCAUUUUUAGGAACUACUUUAUCUUCCUGAUGUUUCUGCCAUAGAACAAUAGUGGUGCGUAAGGGUUUUCGCACUCCAGGGGAAAACUUAGAUGACAAAUAUGUGCACGUUUGCAUUGAAAUUCUGUGAAAAGAUUGCCCCACAAAUUAUAUUCUGGAAAAUAUUUUUUCAAAAUGUUCACAGUGGAAACCACUUGAAAGCUUCUCUUUAUUAUUCAUACCACUGUAAAUUUCUUUCUUUCCCACAUUCAGAACAAGUCUGACACCAUAUGCAGAGCUAAUGGGAUUUCAUGGGGUGUUAAUAGUAAGACUGUAAGAAGAACUAAUACAGUAUUGUAUUAAUUAACAACUGUACUAAACUGCAGAGGGUGUUAGUGUAACCCAAAAGCAUCUAUGAUUUAUAUUCAAACAACAGCUGUAUAAGCCUGGAUUUGAAAAUACUAACACACAUAACAUCUCCUUAAGGCUCACAGAAAUUAUACAUUAAGCUUCUUGUCCUCUUCAUAUAGGCACAGAAAGUGCUGUGGGAGGACAGAAUUUCAUUUUGCAGAAAAAUUCAGAAUUUGAAAUUCCGCUUCAUUCUGGAUGAGGACAAGAAGUGAGAAUUUUGAAAUUCUUUGUAAAGGAAAACCACACAACCACAGACAUUUCCAAGUUGAUUAAAAUUUUUCAUGCAGACAAAAUCAGAUAUUUCUUUUGAAUUGGACUUUUAAAAUAAUUUGCACUUAAAAUAUUAUUAAAUGCAAUAAAAGGCAAAUUAAGUGUGGCUUCUUCAAAAUUCUAGAAAUUAAUGAUAACGUUAGAAUGAACUGUUCUGACUCUGUCAGAAUUUUUAUCGUGUUUUAUUCCCCUGAAAUGCAAUUCUGGCAAAACUUACCAGACUUUUUAAAGAGUUGCAUUAUGACAAAACUCCAUGUUCUGAUGGAAAGGGGUUCAAUAAAACAUCUUCCACGUGACUGUAGGCACAAUUGUGUGUGUCAAAUAUUGUCAUCUGUGUUAGAUUAACUCACAUAGAAGCCUGAAGAUAACAAGAUCAGGGAACCUUUCAGCUGGAUUUUAGUACACUUUGCUAUCCUUUGAUAACAAAUCUCCAGUCUUGGUUUGAAUUGCAUAACUCAUCUUCUCUAGCAAUAU